GCAAAUCCACUGCCUGGCUUGCUUGGACUAGUGGUGACACGCGUCAGACAAAGAGGCAGGCAUCCUAUAAAUGAGAGAAAGAGUGGUAGGUGGUGUCGGCAAGAGAACCUGUGUACUGGUACAAAAUCGGAUGCAACAUACACACAGGCACAUAUACAUAUACUGCAGAGGCUCAUGAGUUGUUUGGUCUGACUUGAAAAAUCAUCUAACCUUAGGCACUGGAAAGCCGGACAGUAACAUAAUAAGUAGAAAGUCUUGAAGUGGUCUGAGCACAAUCCAAGAAAUGACUCGAAAACUCUUCACUAACAACAGAGAGAGGUGGAGACAACAGAAUGUCAACAGUGCAUUUGCAGAGCUCAGAAAGCUUGUACCGACUCACCCUCCAAACAAGAAGCUAAGUAAGAAUGAAACACUGCGGCUCGCCAUGAAGUACAUCAAGUUCUUAGUGAAAGUUCUGGGGCAUGAAAGCCUGCAGCAAGCCACAGCAGCAGCCGCAGCAGCCUCAGUGCCCUGUGGAACCAUGCUGGUGUUCUUCCAGGAGGAUGACCAGUCACAAAAUACAACAUCGUGGAUGCUGCCUAAAGAUAAUAGCAUUCCAUCUCCUGAGUCAGGGUGUGAAAGUUCAGAAUCCUUGCUGUCACCAUAAAGAUUGUCAGUGCAAAUGAGCAACAAUGGAGUAUUUAUUUAUUUAUCUGUUUAUUUAUUUUGUUAUCUUUGUAUAUUUAUUUGGUUGUUUAAUCAAGAAGAUGUAACAAAUCCUCUGAGGAAAAAAAGACAUUUCAUCAUCUCUUGAUAUUAUAACAAAAAUAAUUGUAUUUUCCGGUUUAUAUAUAUAUUAGUGGACAGUUUAGGACUGCUUGCAUUCUCUCAUAUUUAUUUAUCUGAGAUAUGAUAUCUGUUUCCACUUUUGAUAUUACUGAAACACAACAUAAAAUAUGUUAAAAUAAUCAGACUUUUACAGUCUUAGAUCCAUAAUCAGCUCUUAUUAUAUACUGCCACAAAAUAAUGAAUUCCACCAAAGAAAGACAGCUUUCAUGCUGAAUGAUUCUUCUCACCUCACAGUGCAAUAAGCAUUUAUUGUGUUGGAGUCUUCCAAGUUCUACAUGGUGUACACUGUUUUAGACAAAGAAUUUAUAAACUUUUGUUUGAAUGUCUAUAAUUAAUAGUGAAACACUGAUCACUUGCGUCAAUGCCAUGCAUUUUAAUCUAAAACUAGUUUGUGAUUUAAGAGAUUUGACAAACCUAACUUUUUUCUAUUACUCUGUUUAAGUUGCAAGUUAAUAUAUGAAGAAUUAGUGCUUCUUGGAUUAUAUGAAUGUCAUUUAAGUCAAGGAAUGAUAUUCAAAGAGUGCUACCAUCUCAUAUAGCUAUUUACCUUAGUUAGUUGUUUACGUUCAGUCUGAGCUGCAUGCAGUGGGACUACAGAUGCAUUUGAAAUAAAUGUUAACUCAUAAGAUAUGUUUCAUAUAUAUCCAUAACCCGAUGACAUGGCUCUAUGAUGGAAUUAGAAAUGUUAGCUUGAGUGGUGAAUAAUACUAAGCGAUGGCAAUAGUCAUCUCUGAAUACCCCCAUGACUUUUUUUCACAAAAUUUAUCAAAGAAAAAAACAACAAAAAAAAUCCUAAAUUCAUAUACUCACAAUAACAAGUGUUAACACUUAAACAAUAUAUUUCAUACAAUGGCUGCUGCUGACACUGACUUAAAGUAACAUAGAUACUGAUAAAGGUUAUCUGACCUACCAAUAUUUAAUAGCAGAAAAACAUUAGGAUAAACCUCUUGAUAUGCAAACUACAGUGUCCUUUUCCUGUGACUACAGUUUAGUCCACCUAAACUGCAAGCAUAUUACAGACUGCUCUAAAUAAGAUCUUUAUAUUUUUAUUUCCUCUGUCAAAUCAUUUGAACAGCAUUUUCUAACAUUAAAAAGGUUAUUUUUUAUGACAGCAACAGUAAGGGCAUUUCCUGGCUCCCCUUACCCUCAGACCCCUUCUCGAGUACUGAUUGCUGUUAGCCUUUACGUUAACAAUAAACUCACAUCACUGCCCACUGAAAUCUGAAGCUCAGGAAAAGUCUUCAUUUAGCCUAACAAUUGGUUAAAAAGGUUUUUUUUUCAAAUGGCCCUGUCCAUAUAGAAUCAGCAAUCCCAAGACAAAAGAACUACCUCAGUAUUCAAGCGAAAGUAAUUCCUUGCAUGUUACUUAAAAAUAUAACUGAUUCAUAGUCAUAGACUUCACUCUGUCAUAGAUCUAAAUAAACAUGUAUUGCUCAACUGAAAUUAUAGAAACUCUGCACUGAAUCAGGAAAAAUGCAUGCUGGUUUUCUGUUUAAAGUUUAAGAAUGAUAUAAACACACAUUUUCUGAUUAAUUUGGUAGCUGGAAUGAUUAUACAUCCUUAUCCAUUGUAUGACUAAAAUGUAUUGUACACUAUCAGAAGCAUCUUUGUUUUACAAUUAUUUUUCCAGUUAUACUGCUCAUGUUAAAGUUGCAAGCAAUUUAAAAAGAAGAUUACAGUCUGUUAUGUGAUUUUUUUGGUCAGAUUGUCUACUUAUUUGUUCUGUAAAACUACACCAACACAAUAGCAUUUGGACAGACAUUGGGCAAUGAUUUGCAUGCAUAUGCAAAGCACUCUGAGUAAGAAAAAAUAACAUCUUAAGAAGAGCAGUUUCUUAUAUCAUCAUAUAUGUUAAUUUCCUAUGUAAGGCGUUCUACCUGCAAGACCUAAUUGACAAUAUGUCUUCUUAGGAAGUAUGAAACACCAGCUAAUGCAUUUAUUAUGGAAAUACAGUCAUUUAGUUUGUGAUGUAUUUUUGGUUCAAUCUUUUAAGAUUUUAUGGAGCAGUUGUCAUUUCAAAGAAAGAAAAAUAUAGGAAGCAAUCCUUCAGCAAAAUAAAAUACAAAAACGCACUUUUUUUUUUUUUUGCUUUGAAACUGUAUAAUUUAACAAUAAUCUACUACUGGGUGUGAGUAAUGCAAGAUUUACCCAUGGCUGAAACGAUUUGAUCACAAGGGCAAAGCCCAAGUGAUAAAAACAAAGCCAAAGAUAUGUAAAUUCUGCACAACCCACAAACAGGAGUAGAUUAUUGCUAUUACACAAUGAUAUUAUUUAAUACAAAAAGAACUUACCUUUUCUGAAUAAUGUAAUUGUAUAAAAAGUAUUUAUUGUUCUUUCUACUGCUUCUGUUCAUCUGGGGCAUGCAAUUGAUCUACUCUGCAUGUGUAUAGGAAUACCCGCAGAGAAGAUUGUGUCUCUUUCUCCCAUAGUUUAGAAUUUUUUGCAGAAUGUCCAGUUAUUUGUUUCUCACUUUGGGACUGUUUUAUUUGGGACUGUUGUUUAUGAAAUAUAUGCUUUUAUUGUUAAUCAGGGCGGCAAUGGUGGUGCAGCGGUUAGCGUUGCCAUCUCACAUCAAGAGGUUCUCCGAUUCCAUCCUCAGCUGGGGUGCCUUAUG